UGACAGUUUGACUAACAUUCCUUAGGUUUAACUCCGUAAGUUGGGUAAAGCCACUAAGAAAAGUCUGAAUUCUGCGUCAAAUGGCUUGGCAAUGGAUUCUACUCCAUGUCGUGGCAUUCGCUUUACUGGUUGACUUCAAAGUUAAAGGCAUGUCGACGAGUUCAAUUGUCUGCAACGAUAACCACACAGUAACUAUAACCAUUGCAAACGUAACUGACAUCAGUGCAUUCAACGAAAGAGACUGGCGAAUCAACAGCAAAGCAGAAUGUGAGCCGACCUUCACGAACACGACUGUAACGUACACCAAUUUGCCAGUGGCUGAAUGCGCUUCAAAAUCCGAAGAUAAGACCACUUCUAUCAGAUACGUUUUCGAAAUCCGUGCAGUUCCUUCAGGCAGCGAUCCGAUUCAGGCCUUUGAUCAUAUAUUUGACGCGGUGUGUGAGUAUGUCAACAACGACACUGUCACAUCCAGCUUCAUACCGAUAGUUAAUCGUGGUGAUAACUCUUCAGGUACUGCAGCUUUUACAUUCAACCUUGACGUUUCUGAGAAUUCCCAGUUUACAACUGCUCUUCCCAGCGAAGUGGCGCUCAAUCAACCAUUAUUUUUCCGAGCUCAAGUGGUAACAUCAAGCGCUGCACCAAACCUGGAUCUGUUCAUCUUGCAAUGUCACGCAUCGGAAUCGGACGACUCAAAUGCUGUGGCCAACAACGUAGUACUCAUUCAAAAUGGAUGCGGAAACAAAGCAGUCAGUCAAGACUCAGGUGACACUUUGACAUAUACUUGCACGAACAACAGCAAGCAGGAGACCUUUCAAGUAGAUUCUUUCCGUUACUUUGGAGCGGAAGCCAACGCUUUGGUCUAUGUGCAUUGUGAACUUAAGGUGUGCCUUUCGGAUGCUGCAGAUUCUGCAUGUGAAUGCCCGUCUUCGGCUGAUUGCAGCCCUAAUGCUCGAAAACGGCGAGCAGUUAAAGUUGAUGAAUCUGUGGUGUAUCGCGUCACGACUGGUCCUUAUCAUUACAAGGAAGUAGAGAGAGAGGAAAAAGAUCACAACGACAAGAGACCUGAAACAGGCGAAGAUCACCCAUCAUUUCAACUCAGUUUAAGUGUCGCCAUAGCUUUCUCAGUCAGCGGUGUCAUCAUAGCAUUAAUUAUCUCCCUAACCGUGUGUUUCAUUUCGCGCGGACGUCACCAGCGUUCUUCCAUCACCAAGUUGAACGAGUCGCUUGAUUACAGUGUAAAAACAUAAAUGCUUGACGGCUUUCUCCUCAAACUUUUUGGACCAGUUAUUCACAUGAGGUCUAACACGAACCACGGUUUUACGCUACCAGUGGCCGGGCCUCAGGAUUUUUUUCUAUAGAAGGGUUGAUUUAGUUAAAUAGACUUCCUUUCACUAUUGGCUCUCAGCCCUCUCGACGGUGUUCACAAAAAUAAAUGUUUAGAUAAAACUCAAGAUUCGGGUAAGUUGAAGAUGGUUCAGAGCGCGGUUUUAUUCAACAACUGCUAAACUUUGUUCAAAUAAUCUGACGUUCGGUAGGUCUUUAUUUGAAUCAUAAAUUAAUUAUUAGAGAAUUACCAUCGAAGUUAAAAUCUUCGUCUUUUUUAUUGCAACGAGAUUUAUUCCCGAUAACUUUACAUACUGGUAUUACUUUUCUCAGUGAUCGUUUAUAACCAAAAGAUGUGCACUUUGCUAAAGCUACAAUAUUAUACCCAUUUUUUUCAGAAUUUGCUGCUUAAUUUUUUUUAGAUUCAAAAUUUGGGAGAAAACGGCGACGAAAAUGAAAGACAAGAAUAUAUUGUUUAUAUUUGGUCCGCAUGGAAUUGAUGCCAAUCCCCUUUAAGGUGUGUAACAAAUGAUGAUGCAGUUUUUUUAAAGUAUCGAUCAUGCAGAUAUUGGUUUUGAAAAUUUCCAAAGGAAGUCACUUUGUUUCUUUCUGAAGAUCUCAUUUUCAGGAUCAGGUGGAUCGUACAUAGCUUUAACACUUAUAUUAUGUUAUUGACAACAGGUUCCAUGGCCCGAAUUUACCAAUAGAAGAUGAUAAUAUUAUCACCAAAAUAUUUUGGAUUUUAAUUAGUCCUGAUGAUAAAAAAAGAGAAAAGACAAUUCUUUUA